AAGUAAACUGUCAUUCAAUGUUUUUACACUGGAUCACAGCUCUGCCUCCAGUUGGGAGGGAGUCAGAGUAGACUGGCCCUUUACAUGAGCGUCAACCAUAUAAUGAGCCUCUUUAUAGAUGCAGAAUGGCCAAAGAAAUAGUCCAGGGCUGCAUUCUUGCUUCUUUGAGAUCACAUCCAAUCUCCAAAUUGUUAUGUGUCUCUAUGUAGACAACAAAAUAAGCAGACAGAAUCAUCACUCAUUGAAAAAAAUGUAGAUUUGUAUUACAAUGUGCAAUACAUAUACUCUUAAGCAUAAAACGCCAUUUAUUCUGACAAAUAUAUAUCUUGUUUCUACGUCAUUAUGACAUACUUCAUCCGAAUGUUAUUACACGAGAAAUCUAAAAUGACCAAAACCAUAUGCAACAUAAAAUGUAACGUAUAAACAUUUUUGCUAGACUAAGAAUCAGAAUCAGAACUGUAUUAAUCCCAAGGGAAAUUGUGUCUGUAACAUGCUCUGUACACAACAUAUCACAAUAAAUUAAAAAGAAAUAUUAAAAAGUGCAAAAAAAAUCUUAGAAAAACUCAUUAACAUUAUGCUCGAUUAACAUUACACUCGAAAAUAUUGAUCGUGAAACGACUUAAAUUACAGAUUUAACACAGGGCAACGAACUGUUAGACCUGUUGCAUCACAACGAUAUAAUAGAAUAUGAUAGGGUAAUAUAUUACGUAUAGUGACGUCACAGAUGGAAGCCCGACAAUAGCAACGCUCCUUAUUGAGGCGUCACCGCACUAAUUGACCAAUAAUAGCGUUUGUUGGAAACCAACCUGAAAUGCAUUUGUUGGCGCCGCGUUCAAGCGUCCCUGUCCAGUUUCAGUAAGAAGUGCUGUGAAAAUGGCGACAGCGGCUGCCAAUACUUUUCCUGUUUGCAAUGCGGACGACUUGAUAAGCUUUUUUCGAACCGAGGUUCUGACUGAGCAGGAGGCGCAGUACUUGACCAAGGGUGACUUCGUUCCACGUCCGAAGCCGGAGUCCGUUUUAACUGUUUACAUCCGGGUUUUGCAGCUCCUGUGUCCCUUCAAACCGGAGUGUCAUUCCAUGAUUCCACUGGCGGAGAAUUUUCAGAAUCCUGAAUUUCAUGAGGGGUCAACACCCAUAUUAAAUGUCCACAUGCGCAUGUGUCAGUUUCUGCCCAUGUGUCUGAUUUUUGACUUUUCAUUGAAUGAUCUUCUAAUGCCAAAAAAGCAGAGGACUCUCACCAUCCUGAGUGCGAUCAUGAACUUUCUCCUCUUCAGAAAACGCAGGAUGGGGGUGGUCUGGGAAAAGCAGAGCAAAUUUAGAGCGGACACCGAGCAGCUGCAGGCCUAUAUGAGAGACAACCAGGAAGCUGAGAGGAAAAUCAACAUCCUCAGGACCAUUCCUCCGGAGCAGCAGGCCGAGGCCAACGAGCUGGCUGCGGCGCUCGCCGAGCUUCAGACUGCCACCACGCAUGAAUACAAGGAAGUGGAGUCCAGAAAAGAAAGCAUCGCAGAAUGGAAGGCCAGGAUCGCAGAAAUGACUCAGAAGCUGGCCCAGAUAAAGGUGGAUGUGAGCAACAUGAAGGACGUCAUCUCCAAUCUCAAGUCCCAGAUUGUGGAGUCUCCGGAGGAACUGAAGAGCCAAAUGGAAAAAAUGCGAGAAAGCGUCAAGACCAUUAAGCUCUCUUUCGAGCAAACUGAUGAGCGUGUGGUGGAGCUGCAGACCAUGGCACAAAGCGUGACCCAUGCUGAGUUGGAGGUCCAGCAGAUCAUGAGCUUCCUGCAGGACCUGGAGAGCAGCAUGAACAAGUGCAAGCAGCGGCAGGAGGCGAACCAAGAGCAGAUGACUGACAUUGAAAACAAACAGAAAGAGCUGAAGAACCUGAGAGUGCAGGAGGGACAGCUGAAGAGGGCUCUCGGAAUGAAGCUGGACAAAGAGUCCAAGCAGAACAUUAGACGGCAGAAGAAGCGAGAGAUGAAGGACCAUCAUGUUGAAGAAAGUUUGAGGCACUGUAACCAAAUCCAGCAGAAGCGAGAGGAGAUGGCCGACAAAAUCCAGGAGAUCUGCAGAGCCACACAGCAGCUGAAGGCGAAGAUCAAGAGCCUUCAAGAGGUUUGCAGCGAGGAAACCCAGAAAGCUCAGAUUCUCUACGACACAGUCAAAGCUUCCAUGAAAGAUUUACAUCUGAGGAUUCAGUCUAAUGUCCUUGAUGUGAAGCAGAUGAUGAGCAAGAAGGCACCCAGCUGUUGAUCCUUUAGAUCUGUUUGGGUUGUUCUGAUUUUCCUUCUGGAAAAGCAUGUAUUGCACAGAUAUCAUGCAAUUGUUCUUUUAUGUUCUGCUGUUGGUCCAGGCUGUCUAACCCUCUACUGCUUAUUGUUGCCCGAAAACUUGUUUAAAUAUGUAUAUUAAUGCUAUAUCUUUGUUCAAUAAAAUGUU